CCCUCUUUGCCAGACAACAAACACUAUCCAGAAACAUCAGAGGCCAGGCGACAAGAGUCAACUGCAGAACACUCGCUCGAUCAGGAUUUACACCUCGCCGAAAAAAUCUUUGGCCAUGAUGGCACCAAACAUCAGGAGACAUUGCCUUCAACUGAAACCGUCCUAUACCUCGCCUACGGCUCGAACAUGUGCUCCUCGACUUUCAACGGAAUGCGGGGCAUCAAACCCCUAUCACAAACCAAUGUUCUCGUCCCCGAGCUGAGGCUGAGUUUCGAUCAGCCCGGAGUACCGUACUCAGAACCGUGUUUUGCGGCAACACAAUACCGUGAGGUACCAGGAGAGGGAUGUGAGGACAAUGAUGUGGCAGAAGAAAAGAUUUCGGAAAAGGCACCUCUCAUGCAGCAGGGCCGGUGUCAAUAUCACAAGGAUCGCUGGAACAAGCCCCUUGUUGGAGUCGUGUAUGAAGUUACUCUGACUGAUUACGCUCGCAUGAUAGCUACCGAAGGGGGUGGGCAUGGAUACAGAGAAAUCGUUGUAGAUUGCUACCCAUUCCCCGAGCCCUACAAUGCUGCAGACCCUGUCCCAGAUCAACCAACCACCAAGCCCUUCAAGGUGCAUAGCCUUCUUUCGCCAGCAGCCAAUGAAGCCGGGAGCCGUACCGCCUCUCACGCUUCGAUAGCAUACAACAAGCUCGCCGGUUCCAACUUCGGUACCUCGUACGCUCAACCAUCCGCUCGUUACCUCAACCUGCUCAUCACCGGUGCAGCCGAGCAUAACCUACCGAUCUCUUACCAGACCUACCUUUCCCGGAUUCGACCGUACCGCAUUACCACCACCCGCCAGAGGAUUGGCAAGUUUCUCUUUAGAGGAUUCUGGCGCCCCAUCUUUCUUAAAUCACUGCAGCUUUCGAGCAGAUAUGCCGGUGAGGACGGCCGCAGUCCACCAUGGGUGCUUGCGAUAGCGCAAAUGGUUACCGUAGCAAUGUGGGGUAGCUAUGAUCUGAUAUUUCGGUGGAUAUUUGGUGAUGGCGAGAGGACAAUUGAAGAU